AGGGGCCAUGAGUAAGCCGGGGAGACAAAGGCUCGGGAGACCACCAGGCUGGCUGCUCCGGAAAUCCUGGAGGUCAGUGGUCGGCCAAGGUCAGGUCCAUCCUUCCUCCUCCCCUCCCCACCCGAAUGGGGUCCACGGAUCUCCCUCUACCUCCUGUUCUCCCCGCCACUCCUUCUCGCCCCACUACUCCACUCCCCACUCCAGCUCCCUCCACCGUUUCUCCAGCCCUCCCGAGGCCACCGCCGCUUCCAGGAAGCGGCUGUGGGCCUUGGGCCGGGGUGUCACCUGCCUCGGCUUCAUCCUCUUCGCCCUGUCCGCCCUCGAGAGCGAGUGGGGGCAGCGGGUGAAGGCCACAGGAGAGUUACAGCUACUGUUUAACCCGCUGUGGGUGACCUGUCCUCACCAGAGCUGCCACAGUACCCUACUGGACCAGAGCAUCUACAUUGCCACCUUAACCCUGAUCAUAUUCCUGGUCCUGGUCCUGGGUGCCUCCCUCUCCCGGUCGGGUCUGCCUUUCCUCCAGGUCAUCACUGCCUUCCUGAACUUCCUGAUAGCCAUCCUGCUGAUGCUGAGCGCGGUCCUAGUCGGGGACGUGACCCACGGCCUGUUUGGGCCCAAAGUGAUGCAGUACACCUGGGCCUUCUACUGCGUGUGGUUGGACGCCGUUGUCUUCCUGAUUGCUGGAUUCUUCUGCCUCUUCAGCCACGGAGAUCCUGGGCGCUGCUGUAGGCUCUCCGGCUGCCAACUGGACUUCCCAAACUGGUCUUCCAAGACAGCGAGCGCGGACCUAGACCCCAGGCACCCCGGCAAGAGCCUCUUAUCCUCCUUCCAGAACCGCACGAUGAACCCCCGAGUUACCAGCAAUUCCCCGCACCGCCAUUCCGUCAGCAGCCAUGGAUGGAGGAACCCCAGAAACAGCCCACUCUCGAGCAUCUCCAGUCCCCAGUCCGAUAUUCCCGAAGUCUCCAUUUAACCCCGGGCAUGCCCCCCUUCCCCGUCCCCCCUGACUUUUCCUGGGGCUCUGAGGAUACGAGCCUCCUCUCCCCCCCCAUCAGGGCCCGGCCCCUGCCCCGACCUAAGCCCCUCUCGUGGACCUGUGGGCCCCCGAACCCCGGGAGGAAAAUGCAAUAAAUCGAUGCUCCGA